AUGUCGUGGCACCCACAGUACCGCAGCUCGAAGUUCCGCCAUGUCUACGGCAAAGCCGCCAGCAAGGAGAAGUGCUACGACUGUGUGCCCAUCACCCGUAAUGUCCACGACAACCAUUUCUGUGCUGUGAACCCCCACUUCAUUGCGGUGGUGACCGAGUGUGCAGGUGGGGGGGCCUUCCUCGUCAUUCCCAUCCACCAGACAGGCAAGCUUGACCCACAUUAUCCCAAAAUAUGUGGGCACAAAGGGAAUGUUCUGGACAUCAAGUGGAACCCGUUUGAUGACUUUGUAAUAGCUUCAUGUUCAGAAGAUGCCACAGUUAAAAUCUGGGACAUCCCCAAGCACUUGCUAACAAGAAACAUUACCAGUCCAAAGAAGGAACUUCUUGGGCAUGUUCGAAGAGUGGGCCUCAUCGAAUGGCACCCCACUGCUAGUAACAUCCUCUUCAGCUCUGGCUAUGACUACAAGAUAAUGAUCUGGAACCUUGACACCAAGGAAGCUGUCAUCUCAAACCCAGUGAAGAUCCUUGACGCUCACAAAGAUGUGGUCCUCUCCAUGUCAUUCAACACAGAUGGCAGUCUCCUUGCUACAGCCUGCAGGGACAGAAAGAUACGGCUUAUAGACCCUCGUGCAGGAACAGUCCUACAAGAAGCCAGCUACAAGUCUCACAGAGUCAAUAAAGUCUUGUUCCUUGGAAACAUGAAAAAGCUGUUCUCUACUGGAACAUCUCGGUGGAAUAAUAGGCAAAUUGCAUUAUGGGAUCAAAAUGACCUUUCUGUGCCUUUACUGGAGGAGGAUCUGGAUGGCUCCUCAGGACUUCUGUUUCCCUUCUAUGACUCAGACACACACAUGCUUUAUGUGGUGGGAAAGGGUGAUGGAAAUAUACGGUACUAUGAGAUAAGCCCUGAGAAACCAUACCUGAACUACUUGAUGGAAUAUCGUUCUCAUUUACCACAGAAGGGAAUUGGAAUGAUGCCAAAGAGAGGCCUUGAAGUGUCAGCUUGUGAGAUUUUCCGUUUCUACAAACUGAUCCCAACUAAAAGCCUGAUUGAGCCCAUAUCCAUGAUUGUGCCUCGACGGUCAGAGUCAUACCAGGAAGACAUCUACCCAUUGACCACAGGAGCCCAGCCAGCACUGACAGCACAAGAGUGGCUGAACGGAGUUAACAAAGGGCCUCUCUUGGUAUCCUUGAGACCAGGCUCUGGAGCUGUGAAUUCCUUACCACAGUUUCUUGAGCCAGAGCCACUCAUGAAAACUACUGACCUAAGCCAGCACCAGGGUCGGGGAGGAAGCAUGCCACUGGAGGACAUGCAGAAGCCAAGUGAAGUUGAAGACAGCAGAAGACAGCUGAAAGUGGAGGAGAAAUUGCCGAAAAAUGAGCAAAUGUGCCUCUCCAAUGGCUUUGACGUAUUUGAGUGUCCACCACCAAAAACUGAAAAUGAGCUUUUGCAGAUGUUUUACCGCCAACAGGAAGAAAUCCGUAGACUACGUGAGCUGGUAAACCAGAGGGAUGUCCAAAUUAAACAGCUGGAGCUGGAGCUCAGAAACCUCUGCGUGGACACAGGCAGUUACUGA